AUGCCGAAGAAGCCGCAACAUUUGAGCCUGGCCAGCAGCACGGCCAACAGCAGCAACAACAGCAAGCCCAAGUACAGUCUGACCCUGCACAAUAGCAGCAAUAGCAAGUAUGCCACAUGCAACAAGAAUAACCCACAGGCAACAACAACAGCAACAACAGGAACAACAACACUGCGCGACAAUCAUCAUCAGAGGCAGCACCUCAAGGCAUUGCGGCUGACACGGGAUGCAGCACCCGGCGGGGAUGCGGACUACAAGCGACCCACCAUGACGGGGCUGACGGGCCUGUCGCCCGGCGAGGAUCUGGUGGGUGUCCAUCAGAACAGGACGCUGGCUGCCAUGAAGCCCUUGGCUUUGGCGGCUGUCAAUGGAGAAGCUUCAACUAAUCUAACAAAAUCGAUGGGACUGGGAAUGGGUAUAGGGAUGGGGAAUGGAAUAGGAAAUGGAAAUGGAAAUGGAAUGGCGAACGGUGUUAUGAGAACACAAAACAACAGGCUGUGGUAUCAUUGAUGAAAACCCCAUUAUUAAAUGGAUUUGAGCGCUGAAACUCUACACGAAAAUCCAACAAACCAGCAAGUAAACGUUACAAAGUCAAGUACAGAAAAAUGGAGCGUGCAUCCCACAUACAGGGGUCAAAGGCUGAUGCAGCAGACAGCCAGCACAAAGCGUCGAAAACAAUUAAACCCACUGAGCUAAACAGAAACGAAAAA